AGUUCAGAAGAAUCCAAACCCCAGAAAGAGGAAGAAGGAAGAAGAAGGAUGGGGACAAGAGAGGUUUAUGAAGAGAAGCUUAGAACAGGGAAUCUCCAUCACGAUCCUACCCUAAAUCCUGGCCUCGGUACCCCACGUUGCCCUCGCUGUCUCUCUCUUCUCGACCCCAAUGUCGUUAGUAUUCUCUCUUCUUCCUCUUCCUCUUCCUAUUCAGGGCUUGGUGGUAUGCUUAGUGUAGUUCAUGGAUUGAACACAGGGCUACCAUACCUACAAAACCGUCUCAAGGGAUCCAAGUGGCUGCCUUUUGUUGUUGGGCUCCCUCCAUUGCUAAUGUAUUCAGUUGCAAGUGCCGCAUUUGGAGGUUAUGUGCUUCCGAAGUUCACUCAACUCACUGUAACAUCAUACUAUGCUGCCUCAAGUGCUUCACAUUAUGGAAUCUCACUUCUCACCAGGCAUAUUGAAGAGAAGCACCAUUCCCAAUCUCAGCAAAUCAAGCGGCUCUGAUAAAUACAAGAUACAUAUACACUUCAGCAAUUUUGGUUACAUUAGUUGUUACUUGUUACCUAUCCAUCUAGAUGUAUCACACGGUGGGUGUUUAGGUUUUCAUAGUGCGUUUAUUAUUCCAUGUGAAAUGUCAAUAAUGUGAAUAACGUUUCUAUGCACUUUAGUUUGAUGCUGCAAUUGGCCAUUUCGUCAAGUUUUGGGUACAUAAAAUGUACUUUGUUGUGUUAAUUGACUUUAGGCAACAGCAAUUUUGUGAAGGACAAUAAUAUUCAUGUUGUUUUAUUAUAAAUUUAAUUUUGAUACAUUGACAAUAUUA